UCCAUAAAAUAAAAAAGUUGAUGUUGAUCCUUUCCCUUUAUAUAUAGACUUUGAAUGUUGGGUUGCUAGUACCCAUAAGUGAAAUAAUUAGUUAGAGAGAGUAAACCCAAUACCCUCAUCCAUGGCAACCCUUAACUACUCCUCCACAUUCCUUUUCCUUCUCCUUUCUACUGUUCUUCAUGUGCUUCUCCUUGGUUGUUCAGGGAAGGUGGAGGCCUAUCGAUUCGAAGAAAUGACGGCGAAUCUUCAACGCCGGAGUCAUGUUGUUUCACUCAGCUCCUUGAUACCAACCGGAGUUUGUUCUACUCCAGCCCAAGGUGCCAAAACCUCAAGCGGGCUACUGCAAGUAGCUCACAAAAAUGGGCCUUGCUCACCACUGAAGGAAGGGAAUGCAAAACUUCAUGAUUUUCGCCAGCUUCUCAUUGAUGACCAAGCCCGAGUCAAGUCCAUCCACUCCAAAAUCUCGAACAAAGACCCAUUGGAAGAUUCUGCAGUAAAAGUUCCAGCCACCUCCGGGCAAUCCUUAGGGACUGGAAACUUUGUUGUCACUAUUGGACUUGGAACACCAAAGAAACCUUGCACACUAGUCUUUGAUACAGGUAGUGAUCUCACUUGGAUCCAAUGCCAACCAUGCGUUGGCCAAUGCUAUUCUCAACAAGAUCCCAUCUUCAACCCUUCUGCAUCUUCCACCUAUUCCAACAUCUCAUGUAACUCUGCUUCCUGUAACCAACUCCAAUCAGCCACAGGCAACUCGAGACCAUGUGGUUCCACAUGCAUUUACCAGGUUCAAUAUGGUGAUGGAUCCUACUCUGUAGGGUAUUUUGCAGCCGAUACACUUACACUAUCUUCCUCUGAUGUCUUUCCCAAAUUCAAAUUCGGCUGUGGUGAGAACAACCAAGGCCUAUUUGGUACUGCAGAUGGGUUACUCGGCCUCGGCCGUGAUCCAGUCUCUACUGUAUCACAGACUUCUCAAAAGUAUGGAAAGCUUUUCUCCUAUUGUCUUCCAUCCUCAACCAGCUCCACUGGUUUUCUUGCAUUUGGUAGCCAAGUGGGUACCUCUUCUAAAGCUCAAUACACUCCACUACUAACAGAUUCCAACAACCCCUCCUUCUAUUUCUUAACCAUAACUGGUAUAAGUGUUGGAGGGAAAAGUCUAUCAAUCUCACAAUCAGUUUUUACAACUUCAGAAACCAUUAUAGACUCUGGAACUGUCAUCACUAGGUUGCCACCAGCAGCCUAUUCAGCACUUAGGACAGCAUUUCGUCAAGCAAUGUCUAAGUAUCCUACCGCAUCAGCUUAUUCACUAUUGGACACUUGCUAUAAUUUGAAUGGUUACAGUACAGUAUCAAUACCAACCAUAGUGUUACAUUUUAGUGGAGGUGCAAACUUGAAUGUGGAUCAGUCUGGGAUUCUAGUUCAAGCAAGUUCAACUCAGUAUUGCUUGGCUUUUGCUGGGAAUAGUGCUGCUACUGAUGUGGCUAUCCUUGGAAAUAUGCAACAGCAGACACAUGAAGUGGUUUAUAAUGUGGCAGGAGGAAAGCUGGGAUUUGGUGCUGGAGCUUGUAGCUAAUCAUGAAUGAUUUUUAUGUUGUAACUACUUUUAUAGUAUAUUUGUUGGGCUUUGGCUUUUGGGGUUAAACCCUUCUUGUACUUUAUUGAACCCAACUACUAGUUUUUUACUGAAUGAAAGAAAUAGUUUGAACAAA